CAGCUCGCCUCGAGUCGCCCCUCCCACUCUCGUUAAAACUCUCCGUUCCAUUCGCCAAUAAAGCGCUUUUGUCUUGGGGUCGGGAAGCUUAUGGGCUCUCGCCGGACACUUGAAGCGCAUUCCUCGACGUGGAGCUUUCAACCACUCGCUAGACACCGGUGGCUGAAGAGUUAAUGUAUUUUAAUAACGUUAUGCUGCUGCACAGUUUCGAGGACUUUUGACAGAGUGCACCACGGACGACUAAAGGAUUUCCAACUGUUUACUUGUUCUAUGUGGGUCCACUUGGAUAAAAAUAUUAUGUAGCACACAUUUCUGAGUGCUCCGCAACUCAAACUUUACGCAGGGAACAGAACCGAUAGAGGGGACACCACCACCGCCCCAGUCAAAGUGAAGUGAAACAGGAGGAGGCAUCUUGUUGAGUGGGCCCACCACAAGAAAAGGGCCUGCUCAGGCCACAUCCCAACAUGCUAUCCCAGCUCUCACUACCAGCCUGAUGAAUGUCAGAAGAUCUUAUUCCUUCAAACGGGCGCUUAACGAAUAUCAGGCUGAGAGAGGAGACAGAGUGACUCCAGUGGCACCAUGAAGGCCUUCUUCCUCCCUCCGCUGACGCCCUUCCUCCUUCUCCUCUUGAUCCGGCUCCCUGGCAGGACUCUGGCCAGCGACUGUCCCCAGGACUGCACCUGCUCCACCCCAGAAUCCAUCUUCUGUUUCCAGCGCCGCUCUGCCACCAUGCCCAAAGACGUCCCGGAACCCACCAAGAACCUCUACCUCUUCGCCAACGGCAUCGAGACACUGGCGGAGGAAGACUUUCUGGGCAUGGAGAGCCUGGAGAUGCUGGAUCUGAGUCAGAACAAAGUCACGGUACUGCCUGACCGGGUGUUUGAGCCUCUGACUUCCCUGAGGAACUUGGACCUCUCAGCCAACCAGAUCACCCAUCUGUCAGAGGAGAGCUUUGCGGGCAUGGCCCUACUGGAGAGGCUGUACCUCUACAGCAACCACAUCCGGACUAUACACCCUGCCGCCUUCCACGGCCUGGAGCAGCUGCUGGAGCUCAAGCUGCAGGGAAACCAGCUCACCUCGCUCCCCGCCCUAGCCAUGCCCAGACUGCUGCUGCUGGACCUCCGCUUCAACACCCUCCCAUCCCUGGGGUCAGCCGACCUCCAGAUGCCCAACCUGGAGUCUCUGAAGCUGGCCGGCCUGGGCCUCGAAAGCCUGAACGAGGACCUGAUGGCCAGCCUGGGGAACCUCCACGAACUGGACAUCUCUGGCAACGAGCUGGGCUCCUUCCCCCUGGCGCUGAGGGAGGCCCAGGGCCUGAUCUACCUGAGCCUGGCCGGGAACCCCAUGGGCCCACUGAAGCUGGAGGACCUGAAGAACCUGAGCGAGCUCCAGGAGUUGGACAUCAGCAACCUGAGUCUGCAGGGCUUGCCUGACGGGUUCGCACAGCUUUUCCCUCACCUGACUAAGCUGACAGUGGCCGAGAACCCUUUCAACUGCCUGUGCACCCUGGCCUGGUUUCCCGGGUGGCUCAGGAACCAGGGGGUGACUCUAGGCAGGACGGAGGAGACCCGCUGCCACUUCCCUCCCCUCAACGCUGGGAAGGUGCUGGAGAGGCUGGAGCACAGGGAGUUUGGCUGCCCCACCACCACUACUGUCACCGCUAGCACAGCCAGAACCAGCACCACCAUGCCCCCUCCAGUCACCACCCUGCCUAGCACCUUCCCAGCCAUCCCUGCACCCGGGCCCAGUGAGGAGGACAACUCAACUGGGACAGACAGCCAGCCCCCGCUCCCCGACCCUGCCUCUCCCAGCAGCAGCAGCCAGGACCCAGAGGUGGACUUCUUCUGCCCUUCCCAGACCUGCUUGAAUGGGGGCACCUGUCGGCUGGACGGGCAAGGCCAUCUGGAGUGCACCUGCCCUCGUGGCUUCUACGGCACCUAUUGCGAGAACCGCCACCACUUCCACCCCCCUCCCGAUCAGGACCACAAUGACAACAACAAUUACAUUUCCACGGCAACUGUCACCGCCGAUGCCCCCGACAUCAGCUCGCGCCUGGUGACCAGCUCCUCCAUCCUGCUGGACCUGCACCGCUACAUCAAGGUCCGGCCCUACAUCCGCGGCAUCCGUCUGACAUACCGCAACCUGUCGGGGCCCGACCGGCGUCCCAUGCAGCUCAGCGUGCCCGCUUCCUACCCGGAGUACACCCUGAGGGGGCUGCGGCCCAACUCCACCUACACAGUGUGCGCCAGCCCGCUGGGCGACCUCAGCGGUGGGGACAGCGUCUGCACGGUGGCCCACACAGCGGCCCAGCAGCACACUGCCACAGGGAGGCAGGUGGAGGACAAGAGGCUGACCACCAUGCUGGUUCCAGCUCUGGCCAUCCUGCUGCUCCUAGUCCUGAUUGCAGCCGCCGUGGGGAUGGUGUGCUACAUGAGGAGGAAACGGGCCAAGGGCCACCUGGAUCUGGAAUGUGAGCCAGCCCAGCUGGAGCUGGAGGGAGUCAAGGCUGGUUCCAACGUUGGAGGGUUGAUGCCCCAAAAGCAGCCGGAGCCGGCUGUGGUUCAAAAUGGCGGCCUGGAGUACGAGGUGCUGCUAAUACAGGAUCAUUGCUCGCCGAACAACAACAUGGCUCUCUCUCAUCAGCCCUCUUAUUUCUGACGCCCAUCUCUGUUGCUACUCAGACCCAGAGGGUCAGACUAAAUACCUCUAGCUACUCCUUCCCUCACGGACUAGACACCAGCUAGUUGUUGGUGACAGUGGAGGAGAAAGAGAGGACCGGCCAGCCAUGUGUCAGCAAUUGAGAAACAGAACAAAUAUUAAACUGUGCAGACACUAAAAUAUGUUUGAAAGGAUUAUUUGAAAAUAAGGGAGCCUUUUAAAGUGCCUUUAUUCUUAUUUCCACACGUCCUGCUUUGUUUCUACAAUCAUAUUGCUGGACUGGCGCCCCGCGGCUCGCUACUGAGUGUGCCCACUCUCCACAGCAGGUCAAAGGUCAAGCGAGACUGGGCCAGGCAGAGAGACAUCAGGGUAGUGACCUAAUCCCUGCUGUGUCUACUCUAAAAUGGGCUCUGCACUGAAAUGGGGGUGUAUUGCUGUGCACCCCUUGUGAUACCUGAACUAUGUAAAAAGAGUAUAAGCAAUGAUUUUGCUCCGUAGCACCUCAGCACUACCCCAGUGGCGCUUGCUGUGAAUGACAUCCGAGUCACCAAAUGAAGAGAACUUUUCCCAGUAAUUGAAAAGCCUGACAUUUAUCAUGCUUUGUUUCAGCUGUAUUGCUUAGUGAAAUUGUACUUUUUUUGUUGUGUUUGUAAAUGUUUUUAUACUCUUGCUGUUGUUGUUGUUCUGUAAGUAUGUGACUGUUACCACCCUUCAUCCCCCCUUAACUGCUUGUGAUUUAACAGACAGAUUAAACCCCAGAUUCAAAUCUU